GCCCCGUGACUGGACAGUGCCGGUGUGCACCACGGACACGGUCAGGGUCACCUUGGCGGGAGGGAUGGCGCAAGAUGCCGACAGGUAUCAGCUUUUUAACCCCCGAGCUUACCUGCAAAACAACUACACACCUCCCAGGGCCAACUUCGAGCGGGAGGACAGCGUGGUUCCCUGGAAACUCCGCUGUCUCGCUGAUUCCUUCUCCACAGGAGAGAUCCGGGGCCAGACCCUGCUGGACAUCGGCUCCGGACCCACCCUCUACCAGGUCAUCAGCGCCUGUGACUUCUUCACCACCGUCAUCCUGUCCGACUACCUGGAGAGCAACCGGGAGGAGCUGCGCAGGUGGCUGCGGGCCGAGCCAGGCGCCUUCGACUGGAGCCCCUACGUCAAGUACGUGUGUGGCCUGGAGGGCAGGAGUGACCAGUGGCAGGCGAGGGAGCAGCGGAUGCGGGAGGCCAUCAAAGACGUCUGUCACUGCGACAUCAUGAAGGCCGAGCCCCUGCACCCACGGGUGCUGGAGCCAGUCGACGCCAUCAGCACCACCUUCUGCCUGGAGUCGGUGUGCUCGGACAAGGAGUCGCUGGAGCGGGCCCUGAGCAACAUCACGUCUCUGCUGAAGCCCGGCGGCUUCCUGCUGAUGAUCGGGGCGCUGGGCGAGUCCUACUACCUGGCCGGGGAGGUGAGACUCAGCGUCGUCCCCGUGGACGAAGGGUACGUGAAGGAGGCGGUGAGCAGGUCCGGCUACCGGAUCUGUGUCUUCAAAACCUACACCAUGCCCCCCGAGCUCAAAACCGGCGUGGACGACGUGACGGGCGUGUUUUACCUUCAAGCGCAGAAGCUCUGACCGGAAAACAUUCCCAUUCAAAGUGCCGAGACGUCGCAUGUGGUCUCGUCUUUCAGUUUCAGGCGAGUUCAUUCGGCCCGCACCCUGCCACUCCCCGGGGAACGACCCCAUCGAUCCCACCACCCCUCUCCCAGUACACGUACAGCUAGUUCUCCCUGCUCCCCGCCUCACCCUUUGAUCAGGGAUAAACACGAUGAGUUAGUCUUGAUUCAGAGAUACAGCACGGUCACAGGCCACUCCGGCCAACGCUGCUACCUCAUUGUUUCUUUUAUAGCUGCUCGGGCUAACCACUGCUCCGAGCAGGAAAUAUUUACACGGCCUGAAAACUGCGCAGUACUUUGUGUGAUAUGCCUACUCUGAAUAUGAAAAUCGAAAAAUCACACACUUUUUAUUAAUUAAUUGAAGGGUAAAACGAAACACAGUACAAUAAUCUUCAACGUUUCACAAACUUUUUCGCAUCUGUCUUUAUUACAGCUGUGCGGCAACGAAGGCUAUGUGCGUGGGAGCAUUUCAGUUACGGCGCUGCCGCGCAGCUUAGAGAGAGGGGGGCGGGGUUCCCGCACAACAAGAUCGCACGGCCCAAUGACAGCCUCGCGAACAAUUAACCCACUCACCCGUACGUCUUUAGGCUGUGGAAACACCCGGAGGAAUCCCGGGAGUCACGGGGAUAAAGCACAAACUCCACACCGACAGUGACGGGAACUGAACCCGGCCGCUGGUGCCAUUAGGCCAUUUGGCCCAUUGAUUUCCCUCUCAGCCCCAAUCUCCUGUCUUCUCCCUGUACCCCUUCAGGCCCAACCAAUCAAUAAGUAUCAACCUCCCCUUUAAACUUACUCAGUGACUUGGCCCCCACACCCAUCUUUCGCAAUGAAUUCCACAGAUUUCCACUGGCUGAAGUAAUUUCUCCUCAUCUCUGUUCUAAACGGACAGCCCCCAAUUCUGAGGCUGUGCCCUCUGGUCUUAGACUCCCCCCACUAUAGGAAACAUCCUCUCCACAUCCACUCUAUCUGUGCCCUCUGGUCCUAGACUCACCCACUAUAGGAAACAUCCUCUCCACAUCCACUCUAUCUGUGUCCUCUGGUCCUAGACUCCCCCACUAUAGGAAACAUCCUCUCCACAUCCACUCUAUCUGUGUCCUCUGGUCCUAGACUCCCCCCACUAUAGGAAACAUCCUCUCCACAUCCACUCUAUCUGUGUCCUCUGGUCCUAGACUCCCCCCACUAUAGGAAACAUCCUCUCCACAUCCACUCUAUCUGUGUCCUCUGGUCCUAGACUCGCCCACUAUAGGAAACAUCCUCUCCACAUCCAUUCUAUCUGUGCCCUCUGGUCCUAGACUCCCCCCACUAUAGGAAACAUCCUAUCUACAUCCACUCUAUCUGUGUCCUCUGGUCCUAGACUCCCCCACUGUAGGAAACAUCCUCUCCACAUCCACUCUAUCUGUGUCCUCUGGUCCUAGACUCCCCCACUACAGGAAACAUCCUCUCCACAUCCACUCUAUCUGUGCCCUCUGGUCCUAGACCCCCCCACUAUAGGAAACAUCCUCUCCACAUCCACUCUAUCUGUGUCCUCUGGUCCUAGACUCCCCCACUGUAGGAAACAUCCUCUCCACAUCCACUCUAUCUGUGUCCUCUGGUCCUAGACUCCCCCACUGUAGGAAACAUCCUCUCCACAUCCACUCUAUCUGUGUCCUCUGGUCCCAGACUCCCCCACUAUAGGAAACAUUCUCUCCACAUCCACUCUAUCUGUGUCCUCUGGUCUGAGACUCCCCCCACUAUAGGAAACAUCCUCUCCACAUCCACUCUAUCUGUGUCCUCUGGUAUUGGACUCCCCCACUACAGGAAACAUCCUCUCCACGUCCACUCUAUCUGUGUCCUCUGGUAUUGGACUCCCCCACUACAGGAAACAUCCUCUCCACAUCCACUCUAUCUGUGUCCUCUGGUCCUAGACUCCCCCACUAUAGGAAACAUCCCCCCCGCCCACUGUAUCCAGGCCUUUCACCAUUCGAUAGGUUUCAGUGAAGUCACCCCCCCCCCACCCCCCGAUUGUGGAGUUUGGAGUUCAGAGUGCGAUUCCGACGUCACCCAUAAGGAUUUUGUGCGUUCUUCCCUGUGAACGCGGGGGUUCCCCCCCCCCCCACGGCCCAAAGACGGGCCGGUAGGUUACCGGGUGAUUGUAAAUUGUCCCGUGAUUAGGCUGUGGUCAAUCGGCGGCUCGAAGGGCCUGCUGCUUGCUGUAUCUCUAAAUAAAUCGAGAAUACGGAGAGUGGUGGGGAACCGGCCGGGUCACUGGACCAGUAACAGCAGGACACUGCCACGAUGUCACUACGGUAUGGCCAGAGCAUCGUCCCUGGCUACUCUGUGUCGGAGCACGAGUAACGCCCUCACUGAGAGUCACCCCGGGAGUCUAACGCCACCGCCCCCGCAAAUUACACCGUCACUCCCGGUCCCGCGCUCCCUGUGUCCACUGGCUGACUGCCGCAUUUAAAUACAAUCUGAUAAUAGCUGAUACAUUCAAACCGCAGACAGGACAGGGAAUAAAGGAAGACCCUUCACCAGGACUGGAAAGGAAGGUGGCAGAAGUCAGGAGAAGAUGAUGAUGGCGGGGGUGGGGGGGGGGGAGGAGAGGAGGAUGACAGGUAACAGGUGAGGGGGGGAAGGUGGGUGGGUGGGGGAGUACGAGCUGGCAGGUGAGGGGGAAGGUGGGAUAAGCAAUGAUCGGCAGACUCCCUCACGCACACAAAACACUGGCGGAACUCAGCAGGCCAGGCAGCAUCUGCGGAGAGUAGAGAAUAGUCGGCGUUUUGGACCCAGGCCCUUCAUCGGGAUCUGAUUUUAAAUUUUAAAGACGCCACACCUCGUGUUCUCGAUAUUUAUUGCUUAUUUAUUUACAAUUAUUCCGUGUUCUCUUUUAUAUUGACACAUUUUGCCCAGUGGUUGUUUGCCCGUCUCUGUCGUGCGGGGUUUUUCCAUUGAUUCUACUGUUUCUCUUGGCAUCUACUGUGAAUGCCCGGCAGUGCAUGAAUCUCAGGCUGGUAGAUGGUGACAGAUAACAACCUUACUCUGAACUCUCCCUCCAGGGACGCUGCCUGACCUGCUGAGAACACCUCCGCCGUUUUGUCUGCUUUGCAGCACCUGCGGACCAUUGUCAGGGGGCUUUGGGUCACCAGCUUUACCACCGGGGCCACGACCCCUCCCAUACCCCCUGGCUGCCCCGACUGGCACACGGGCACGUGGCCAGGACGCUGCUCUCCGACAUAAUAUCCCCUCCCUCAUUUCGCGGUAUCGGGAGGUGAGGGGUUUUACCGGAAGGGUGGGUGGGGAAAGAGCCAGAAUGCUGCCCCUCCCAGACCACAAGGCCAGAGAGAGGAACUGACAGCGGCAGCGGGGCACAACGUGACCCUCCCCUACCCACAUGGGCCCUUCCGGCAGCCCCAGCUUCACCCCCUCCUACCACACCCCCCCCACUCUGUGUCAAAAGACACAGGAACAGAAUCAGGCCAUUUGGCCCAUCGAGUCUGCUUCACCAUUCCAUUGCGGCUGGUUUGUUAUCCCUCUCAACCCCACUCUCCUACCUUUGACACACUUACAGAUCAAGAAUCUAUCAACCUCUGCUUUAAAUUUACCCGAUGACUGGUCCUCCACAGCCGCCUGUGGCAAUGAAUUCCACAGAUUCACCACCCUCUGGCUAAAUAAAUUCCUCCUCAUCUCUGCUCUAAAGGGACGUCCCUCUAUUCUGAAGCUGUGCCCUCUGGUCCUAGACUCCCCCACUAUAGGAAACAUCCUCUCCACAUCCACUCUAUCUGUGUCCUCUGGUCCUAGAUUCCCCCCA